AUGAGCGCGGCAAAAGAGUUGCCAUCGUCAUCAGCGCCAGGAUCAAGAGCCACCGAGGAACUCGAGGUUAGCAUACGUCCUACAAGCUCAAGCGUCGCAGCCGACACACGCGUACUUGUACGCGCAGAUGCCCUGAAACGCAGCGGUAUACCCACAGGCGCCUAUGUCGUGGUCCUCCAGGCACAAACGCGCAAGUCGCUUUGCGCCGGUACGGUAUGGCCAGAUUUUGACGAGGAAAAUAGCCGAGGAGCAUCACUUUGCCCUUUGCUCGUUGACGCGUCUGAAGCGCGCGGGCGUGUGAUUGUCCAAGCCGUACAUGCAGCUCCCGCGAUGGCGCGUAUUGGCAUUCGUCUUGAGAGUGAGUUGGAGCCACCUAUGCAUAUGGAAUUAGUACGCGCACUUCUUUUGCACACGCUCGUGGAUGCGGGAGCUGUUUUACUGGGGAGCGUGCUACGUAUGUCACUUUUGGGCCAGACCUUUCUCGCGCAUGUGAUGGAUCCUUCGCAAGGCGCCAGCACAAGCGGACAGGUCGUUAUUGUUACGCGUGAUACAAAAAUUGAGCUUGAAAUACGGCCUGAGACUGCUGACACAUAUCCUGAUGCACUCGUAGAUGCAUCUGCAUACCAGGCAUUGGGCGGCUUAGAUGCACAGAUUGCGACGAUCCGCACACUUGUCGAGCUUCCGCUCACGCAGCCACACCUGUUUGAGCAAUAUGGCCUCACGCCGCCACGGGGUGUGCUUUUGUAUGGUCCUCCUGGUACAGGCAAGACGUCACUUGCGCGAACAGUGGCUUUGUCGCUGCAGGCACAUGUCCAGACGAUCAAUGGGCCUGAGCUCUCGUCUGUGUACCAUGGGGAGACAGAGUCGAAACUCCGCUCGAUCUUUGAGAACGCUGCAUCACACAAGCGAAGCAUAAUUAUCCUGGAUGAAAUUGAUGCGUUAGCGCCGCGGCGAGAUGCAAGUGCCGCCGUUCAUGCCGAGGGCGCAGGAGAAGUCGAGCGUCGUGUAGUCGCUACACUCCUGACACUGCUCGAUGGCAUGGCAUCGACGCAUGUGGUUGUGAUAGCUGCGACAAAUCGGCCCAGCGCCAUCGAUCCGGCGCUCCGACGGCCGGGACGUCUUGAUCGAGAGAUUGAAAUCGGCGUACCUGAUGCUCCUGCACGCCAAGCGAUUCUCCAGGUGCUUCUUAGACGUGUUCCUCACUCGUUGCGUGACGAGGACGUGGCUAAUCUUGCGGCACGGACGCAUGGAUACGUUGGUGCCGAUCUCGCGGCGCUUGUGCGUGAGGCGGGAAUGCUGACAAUCACGCGGCGCAUUCACAAACCUGUGCAUGAGUCGCUGGCUUCUUUGUCACUCUCGCAUGAUGCCGAAAAAGUGGCGAUGCCCGACUUUCACGCUGCGCAAAAUAUUGUGCGUCCCUCUGCCAUGCGGGAAGUGUUUGUUGAAACGCCCAAGGUCACAUGGGACAGUAUAGCCGACGAUGAAAACGACAGCCUGAGCAUCAAGCGACAGAUUCAAGAGUGUGUGGAAUGGCCGCUUACCCACGCAGCGUCAUUUGCGCGCCUUGGCAUCGAUCCGCCUCGUGGCGCUCUGCUAUAUGGCCCACCAGGCUGCAGUAAAACAUUGACGGCCAAAGCACUCGCUCGCGAGAGUGGACUGAACUUCUUGGCCGUUCGUGGGCCCGAGCUCGUGAGCAAGUAUGUGGGUGAUUCUGAGCGUGCGAUCCGCGAAGUGUUUCGGCGCGCACGGACAGCAGCACCAUCGAUUGUCUUUUUUGAUGAGCUGGAUGCGAUCUCGGGCAUACGUGGCACGGAUACGAGCGCGGGAUCCAGUGACCGGAUGGUGGCGAGUUUGCUUACGGAGAUGGAUGGCAUUGAUGCCGAAAGUCAUGUCGUCGUUGUGGCCGCAACGAAUCGGCCAGAUUGCAUUGACCCAGCACUACUUCGUCCAGGCCGCAUUGAUCGUCUCUUAUAUGUCGGCCCGCCUAGUACCACUGUGAGGGAACGUAUCCUGCAAAUGCGUACAAGACGCAUGCCAAUAGACGAGGGCGUUGACUUGCAAGCCAUUGCCGAGCUAGCUGCGGGAUGCUCCGGAGCUGAGGUCGUGGCUAUUUGCCAGGAGGCUGGCCUUCGUGCUAUGAAAGAAGAUGUCGCAUGCACAAAAAUAGCACAUCGCCACUUUGAAGAAGCUGCACGUACGAUGCAAAGACGCAUCACGCCUGCGAUGCUCUUGCACUAUGAGCAAUGGCGCCAUCGAAUGUUAUCCACAGUGUCGUAG